AUGGAAGACGUGCUGAUCGCGAUCCCGGGCGCGACGGCGCUGCACGUCCUCAAUGAGCGCUCGGUCGCGCUGGGCGCCGGCGACCUCACGCUCGUCCCCGCCGCGCAGGCGGAGACGGCGCUGACGGUGCGCGUGGGGCCCGCCGCGUUCGCGCUGGAGCGGGGCACGCCGUUCGGGACCGUCGCGGGCGACGCGCGCGCGUACGUGUUCGAGCCGCGCAUCGAGGGCGGUGCGCCGGGCGGGUUUGUGAAGAUCCUGCUCCCGGAGGCGGUUACGGAGGACGGUUCGCGGCUGUCGGCGCUGCAGGAGCGCUUCGAGGAGAUCCUCAUUGAGCACGGACUGCUCCAGCCCGCGGAGGACGUGGAGGGCACGGGCGGCGGGGGCGAGCACAAGGGCGUGAAGGAGAAGCUGAAGGCCGCGAUCCAUGUCGAAGACUCCGAAGAGCUCGUCACUAUCCCGGACGCCAUCGCCGCGCAGAUCCUAGGGGAGCGCACGGAGGUGCUCUCGGCGGGAACGCUCGCGCUGCUCCUCAUGCCGCUGCCCGAGCGCGACCAGGAGGGCCAACCGGUGCUCACGCUCGUCGUCGGCACCUCCGCGUUCCCGCUCUACUGCGACACCGCGUUCGGCACGCUCGCGGACGACUCGCGCACAUAUGUCUUCAAGCCACAGACGGCCGGCACGGACAAGGGGUACGUCGCGAUCGUCCUCCCGGACCCGACCGCGCCCGCGCCCGACAGCACGCCCUCGAGCGACCUCGCCGCGCUGCAGAACCAGUUCGAGCUCGCGCUCAUCGAGCACGGCCUCCUCAAGGACGGGCUCGCGGCGGUCGCGGACGACCUCGCGCGCUCGCUGUCCUCGCUCGGGGCGCGCCUCGCCGCCGCGCGGGACCGGUACCUCGCGCGGCGCCCCGCCCCGCGCGUGACGACGGCGCUCGCGUCGCCCACCCCGGUGAACAGCCCGUCGUCGGCGUGGCCCGCGAGCCCGGUCGACGCGCGGCCGCUCGUGGAGGGCGCGAAGGAGGCGGCGGGCGCGGUGUGGGGCGUCGCGGGGGCGGCGGGGAAGUGGCUCACGAAGACGUUUGGGCCGAUGGACCCGUUGGCGGCGGAGCGGAUGCAAAGGCAGGAGGAGGAGGAGGAGGCGCGAGCGCGGGGGAGCGCGGGGGACAAGGACACGGAGGGCGUGGAGGCUCGGUGA